CGUCGUUACCACCACCACACUAUUAUCUCUCUACUCGCCGAGAUUAGAUUCACCGAAUCACAAUCCUCUCAACUUCUCUCUCCUUCCACCAUGCGGAGACUUCUUCUUGUUUCGUAAAGAUCCUUCCUUUUUCAAUCUCCGAUUCCAAAAAUGGCGCCUUUUGUUGAAGUAUGCAGGUACUACAAGCCUCUACCAUUCCAAUGUCCUUGCCGUUCCUCUCCUACAAACUCUCUAAUCCUUCCCCAUCUCUCCCUAAAGUACUCUAAUUUGCGUCUCCUCGCUUCCAAACCAUCCUCUCAUCCUCGCUUCAACGGAAUCUCAUUUAACCGAAGCCGUGUCAUCACCGCCGUUGCUCGAGUUGAAUCAGAGCAUCUGGGUGACGAUAGCAACUCAAAGGAGGAAGAAGAAAGAGAUAAAGAAGUGCAAAAUGUGGAGGAAGAUUCGAGUUUAGAUCAACAGAAGGAGAAGUCAAGAAGCCAGUUCAAGAAGAGGGUAGUGUUCGGUCUAGGGAUAGGUUUGUCUGUGGGAGGUGUUGUGUUAGCUGGAGGAUGGGUUUUCACCUUAGCGCUAGCAGCUGCGGUGCUUCUAAGUGCUCGAGAGUAUUUCGAGUUAGUGAGAAGCAAAGGAAUCGCUCAAGGAAUGACACCUCCUCCUCGUUACCUGUCUAGAGUCUGCUCAGUUAUUUGUGCCCUUAUGCCCAUACUCACAUUGUACUUUGGUCAUAUAGAUAUCGCGGUGACGUCAGCUGCGUUUGUGGUUGCGAUGGCGUUGUUGUUGCAAAGAGGAAGAAACCCGCGUUUCUCUCAGCUGAGUAGUACUAUGUUCGGGUUGUUUUACUGUGGCUAUCUUCCUUGUUUCUGGGUUAAGCUGCGUUGUGGUCUUACUGCUCCUGUUCUUGGAAGAAGCUGGCCAGUUCUCCUCGGUGGUCAAGGGCAUUGGACUGUUGGACUAGUGGCGAUAUUGGUUUCGUUUUGCGGUAUCAUUGCCUCGGAUACGUUUGCUUUUCUUGGUGGCAAGAAGUUUCAGGCGUUUGGGAAGACUCCGCUUAUAAGCAUUAGUCCAAAGAAGACAUGGGAAGGAGCAGUUGCAGGACUUGUUGGUUGUAUUACCAUUACCGUUUUACUCUCCAAGUCUUUGUCAUGGCCUCAGCCUCUUGUCAGCACGAUAGCUUUUGGGGUUCUUAACUUCUUAGGAUCGGUGUUUGGUGACUUAACCGAGUCAAUGAUCAAACGUGAUGCGGGUGUCAAAGACUCCGGUUCACUCAUCCCUGGUCACGGUGGAAUAUUGGACAGAGUUGAUAGUUACAUAUUCACUGGUGCGUUAGCCUACUCCUUCGUAAGGCUUCAUGGAGUUUGAUUCUACCAUUGUUAUAGCUUCAAGAACACUUACAAAGCGGCGCAUUUUCCUUCUCCACGAAAGUGAAAUUCAAGAAAUGGAUAGAGUACAAUGAUGGUGAUGUGACUGUAGAAAAUUCUGGUGGUGAGCUUCCGGUUUAUUGUUUGAUUGAACCGGUACAGAUUUUUUUUUGGUUCAAUGUGAGUACCGUUUCAGGAGGCGAAUUCUCGGGUUAUUUCAUUAGAGUUUCAUUUCA